AUCUUUUCUUGUACUUUGGUCAUUGAAAAUCUGCUGACGUUCAAGGCACAUCAAUGUCAAGUCAUAGAAGUGAAAGAAGAGGUGACUAUGAUAGAGAUUAUCAUAGAUCAUCAUCAUCACGAUAUGAGAAUGAUGAUUAUAGAAGACGUAAGCAUCAUGACGAUGAAUAUAGUCGUGGCAUAACAGAUUCUUACUCAUCUUCUUCCCGUCGUCGUUCCCGAUCUCCACCUUUACGUGAUCGGUAUAGCACAUCUAGACGAGAUCCAGAUCUGGCCGCCUCCAGCAGCAGGAGUAAUGGUGGAGCAAGGCACUGGAAAGACGAUGAUCGUCGCGAUGACAGAUAUGACAGAAACAGACAUGGGAAUGAAAGAGAUUGGAGAAGAGACGAUCAGUAUCGCAGUGAACGCAGCGGAUUAAGAGAAAGAAGCAGGGAACAAUAUGACGAAUCAAGAAGAAGGGAAGGCGCAUCCACUUCUCGCUCCAAUUCUAUGGCAGAGGGCUCUACCAAAGACUCCAAAGACAUAACGGCCACCACAAAUGAAGACAAGCAAAAAUCCAAAAAGGAAAAACUUGAAGCUUGGCGAAAGGAAAGAGAAAGAAAGGCGGCAGAGGAGGCAAAACAAAAGGCCGCUGAACAGAACAAUCUUUCCAAGCCAUCCGAUGCGGGUGCUACAACCAUCAAGACUAGCUUCAAAGGAUUUUCAACUUCAAACGUCACCAAUUCGAAUCAGUCGAAUCCACUGGCAAAAGGCAAGAUCCAAGGCACAAUCGCUGCAUUGGAUGAUACGAACGAUCAAGCCAAACAAAUUCAACGUUUUGAAUUGCCGCCAAUGAUGGAUGCCGAGGUGACAGAAUCCAAGGACGAAGGGGAUGAUGAGGAAGAGUUGGGCUUAGUAGAUGAUCAAGAAGUGCAUGGAAAUCGCGAAGAGAUCGCCGCAACUUUGAAAGAGAAACGCCUCCAAGCAACUGUCCACGACGAAGAAAAGAUGCAGUUGGAUGACAAUGAAGCAGAGGAGGAAGAGAUUGAUCCUCUGGACGCAUUCAUGGCAGGUGUGACGAAGGAAGUCAAGCAAGUCAAUGAUGAAGACACACGUCGAAUGGGCAAAGGCAAAGCAUCACAACUUGCUGAAGUUGUUGGAGUCAAGAAUGACGAAGCUGGCGGCGGCAAAGACGACGACGACGAUGAAGGCGACGAAUUGGACAAAGCUGAAGCACAAGAUAUCAUGGCUUUGGCCGCUUCAAAAAUCAAAAAGAGAGAAAUGGCAACCGUAGACCACUCAAAAGUCGAUUAUGAACCAUUCCGAAAAGCAUUCUAUCAUCCACCAGCCGAAGUGGAAGAAAUGUCAGAAGAAGACGCAGAACGACUACGAAUGGAAAUGGACGCUAUCAAAGUUCGUGGUAAGGAUUGUCCUAAACCUCUAACGAAAUGGAGUCAUUGUGGUCUUCCUGGCGCUUGUCUUGAUGUCAUCAAGAGAUUGGAUUACAAAUCACCAACGGCUAUUCAAGCACAGGCCAUACCUGCAAUCAUGUCAGGGCGAGAUAUCAUUGGCGUUGCGAAAACUGGAUCAGGUAAGACGAUGGCAUUCCUCUUACCUAUGUUUCGACAUAUCAAAGAUCAACGUGCUGUCGAACCCAACGAAGGACCCAUCGGUCUCAUCAUGACGCCAACACGUGAACUUGCCGUUCAAAUCUUCCGAGAAUCAAAACCGUUCCUUAAAGCUAUUGGUCUACGAGCAGUAUGUGUGUACGGAGGUGCACCAAUCUCUGAACAAAUUGGAGAGAUGAAGAGGACAUGCGAGAUCGUCGUUGCCACACCUGGACGAAUGAUUGAUAUCCUCAUGGCCAAUUCUGGUCGAGUGACAAAUUUGAAAAGGGUUACGUAUCUAGUCUUAGAUGAAGCCGAUCGAAUGUUUGAUAUGGGAUUCGAGCCACAAGUGAUGAAGAUCGUCAAUAAUAUUCGUCCAGACAGACAAACCGUUUUGUUUUCGGCAACCUUUCCACGUCAAAUGGAAAGUUUAGCACGUAAAGUAUUACGAAACAAACCAUUGGAAAUCACGGUAGGAGGACGUUCAGUCGUUGCACCUGAAAUCGAACAAAUCGUUGAAGUGCGGGAAGAAUCUACCAAAUUCAAUCGUUUACUGGAAAUUUUGGGAAAGACGUACAUGAACGACGAAGGUCAUAGAACACUCAUCUUUGUCGAGAGGCAAGAGUCUGCUGACGAUCUCUUGAAAGAAUUGAUGCGUAAAGGAUACCUAGUGAUGAGCUUACAUGGUGGAAAAGACCAAGUCGAUCGUGAUUCUACCAUUGCAGAUUUCAAGGCAGGUAUCGUUCCAAUCGUUACAGCAACCUCUGUUGCAGCUAGAGGAUUGGAUGUCAAGCAAUUGACUCUUGUAAUCAAUUAUGAUGUUCCAAAUCAUAUGGAAGAUUACGUCCAUCGAGCGGGAAGAACGGGCAGAGCGGGUAACAAAGGUACUUGUAUCACCUUUAUAACUCCCUCACAAGAUAAAUACGCUCGUGAUAUCAUUGCUGCACUGAAGGCAAGCAAGGUAGCUAUUCCUGAACCAUUAGCGACUUUAGCGGAAGAUUUCAAAUCGAAACUACAAAGUGGUAAAGCACAUGUCGCAAGUUCUGGAUUUGGAGGGAAAGGUCUUGAACGCUUUGAGAGUGAUCGUGAAAAGGCACUCGCAGCACAAAAGAGGGCAUUUGGCGAAAAUGUAGACCAGGACGGCAGCGGGGAAGUAGAUGGAAAUAAAGCAACAGACCCUAAACGGAACGAGAAUAAUACUGAAGAAGAUGAAUUUCAACAAAUGUCGAAUUUGCAAAUCGAGGUCAAAAGAGGUGCUGCACCAGAUGAUGUACGUGAGAACAAGCAUCGUACAAACCAAAGCACUGGAGGUGAAGGUAAAUCUGGUCAAGAUAAAGCCAAGAAAGAUGCAGAAGAGGCGGCAGAUAAUGAUUUGUUGGCUCGAAAUGCUAAAAUGAUCGAAGCAGUUACUGCUAAAGGUGCUGAUGCAAGCAAAUUGGCAGCCGCUUUAGCAAAGAUUGAUGCUGCCGCACGAGAACGAAAGGAACAAAGGGCAAAAGAUGAUUCCGAACAAGCAAAAGAACGUCAACGUAAAGCACGCGAUCCUGAUGCGACCGAUUUCCAUGCAAUUAUACCGAUUAACGAUUUCCCACAAAGAGCUCGUUGGAGAGUGACAAACAAGGAAACGAUGUCAUCUUUGAUUAGUAAUUCGGGAGCUUCAAUCACUUUAAAGGGCGCCUUCUAUGAAAAAGGUAAAGAGCCACAAGAAGAAGAGCCACCGAAACUACAAUUGCUCAUCGAAUCGAACGAAGAAGAAAAGGUUGAAGCUGCCGUACGUGAGAUCAAGGAAAUCCUUCUUCAAGCCACACAAGCUGCACUCGAAGCUGAACAACGUGCUCCGCCAGGCGCACCAGGAAGAUAUUCUGUCGUUUGAGAAUCGUUUUAUUAAAAUGUAUAGUACAAUGCAAUUGUGUAAAAUAGACAAUAUUAUAAUUCUGUUUACCUGUAUUCGUUUGGGAUUGUCUGAAGACCUUCUUCCGUUGAAGGCAAUCGAUUGUGAUAUGCUUUGAACGAUCUUUCCCAUUCGAUAUAAUCCUGCCAAUAUUUGUCCAAGGCUAACUCUUCAGCAGUCUUUUCCCUCUUCACUCGAAUUGGUUCUGCAGGUGGAGGAGGAGCUGUAUCUUCAGGUGGUGGCGGAGGAGGAACGUCAUCUUCUGGCAUUGGAGGUGCACCCAUUGAUGGAUGAGGUUGUUGAUUUUGACCUGCCCAUCCUUGCCUAUUGAUGGAAUAAUCCCCGCCAUGUGCAGCUGCAUUGUACUGCUGAUAUCCGCCAUUGUAGCCUCCAUAGCCUCCUUGUGCUGGUUCAUUGUACAUUUGCUGUUGCUGCGAUCCUCCC